UUAACUUGCCGUUUAUUCUGUUACGGUUGAUCUAUUGCGAGAUCAUGUUGGAUUUUAAAGCUUUUCUGCUGUGUGGAUAAUGGCUGGACCUGUCCCAAAAACGGCGUAUGUGUACGGAUAUGGAGAAAGGGAUUUUGUUGUUAUGUUUUGUCAGUGAUUCACUUUGCGGUUCACUAGCCGGCCGGGUUUGCAUCCAAGGGCGUUCUAAUUUGGUGGUCGACAUGGGUGGGAUUUGUUGGCCGGUGUUCGGUGAAGAUCGGAGGAAAGGAAUGAAUGGGAGCAGGGUCGAGAGCAGGUGUACAAGUAUUGCAUGGAAGGGCAUAGGAAAUUAUGGUCUCCUUAACGAUUUGCGCGUUCCAUGUCAUGUUCUUGGACAAUACAACUUUCUCGACCCGUGCUGCGGAUAUGGACCUAGCAGUUGCUGUCGGGCCAGGGCAGCGAGCCAUUUUUCAACCAGCUUGAGCUCAGAAAGCAAGACGAAGCCGUCUUGCGCUUUACCUGUCCUAGAAUACGGAUAGGGCGUACAUCAGGAUGAGGAUCUACAGAUCGUAUCGCUUGUUCAACGCUGCAACGCGGAGGCAAGGCUGCCCGGAAAACCGGGGGCUGAGCAAGCCGGGCUUCGUGGCUUGAAGCUUUAAGAGACACUGGUGAAGUUGCCGGCAUGCCGU